AAAGAAACAAGAUAAAUAAAUAAAAUAACAAAAACAAUUUGACGACGAUUCCGCCCAAGCAACAGGAGCAGCUGCAUUCGCCACGCCUGUAUAUAGACCGUGGUACCGUCCUUAAGCUACACACACCGAUACACACACACACAUUCCCACUCCCUUUUCGUCCCCCCGUCACCACCUCCGCCCACUCACCAUGUCCAGCCCCAGCGCCAACGCUGACGCCCAACCAGUUGUGGAGCAGUUGCGCUUGGAAGUGGAGCGACUGACACGCGAACUCGAUCAGGUGUCCAGCGCCAGCGCUCAAUCUGCACAAUAUGGCCUCUCGCUGCUGGAGGAGAAGUCGGCACUGGAGCAAAAGUGCGAGGAGCUGGAAACCCUCUACGAUAACACACGCCAUGAACUGGACAUUACGCAGGAGGCGCUCACAAAAUUCCAAACCUCACAGAAGGUCACAAACAAGACCGGCAUCGAGCAGGAGGAGACGCUGCUCAAUGAGUCGGCCGCUCGUGAGACAUCGCUCAAUCUGCAGAUACUCGAUCUGGAGAACGAGGCCAAGCAGCUGCGCCAUGAGCUGGAGCGCGUGCGCAAUGAGCGGGAUCGCAUGCUGCAGGAGAACUCAGACAUUGGACGCGAUAAGAGCGACAAUGAGGCGGAGCGACUGCGUCUCAAAUCAGAGCUGAAGGAUCUGAAAUUUCGUGAGACGCGUAUGCUCAGCGAAUACUCAGAGCUGGAGGAGGAGAACAUAUCGUUGCAGAAGCAGGUGUCCAGCUUGAGAAGCUCGCAGGUGGAGUUCGAGGGUGCCAAACAUGAGAUACGUCGCCUGACCGAGGAGGUGGAGCUGCUCAAUCAACAGGUCGAUGAGCUGGCGAAUCUCAAAAAGAUUGCCGAGAAGCAAAUGGAGGAGGCGCUCGAAGCACUGCAGGGCGAGCGUGAAGCCAAAUAUGCGCUGAAAAAGGAGCUCGAUGGCCAUUUGAAUCGCGAGUCCAUGUUUCACAUUAGCAAUUUGGCCUAUAGCAUACGCAGCAAUAUGGAGGACAAUGCCAGCAAUAACUCGGACGGGGAGGAGGAGAAUCUGGCGCUCAAACGUCUCGAGGCGGAUUUGAGCACCGAACUCAAAUCGCCCGAUGGCACCAAAUGUGAUCUCUUCUCGGAGAUUCAUCUCAACGAGCUGAAGAAGCUGGAGAAGCAGCUGGAGAGCAUGGAGAACGAGAAAGCGCAUCUGACGACGAAUUUGCGUGAAGCGCAAAGCAGUCUGGACAAGUCACAAAAUGAGCUGCAAAACUUUAUGUCGCGCCUCGCCCUGCUGGCCGCCCAUGUCGAUGCGCUGGUGCAGCUGAAGAAACAGAUCGACGUCAAGGACCAGGACAGACAGACCAAGGAGGACGAGCAGCAGCUGCAGCAACAGCUGCGCAGCAUUAUUACACAAUAUGCCAAUUGGUUCACGCUCUCCGCCAAGGAAAUAGACGGCCUCAAGACUGAUAUAGCUGAGCUGCAAAAGGGCCUGAACUACACGGAUGCCACCACCACGUUGCGCAACGAGGUGACUAAUCUGAAGAACAAGCUGCUCUCCACCGAGCAAAAGUCGCUGGAUCUGCAGAGCGAUGUGCAGACCCUGACGCACAUCUCACAGAACGCGGGACAGAGCUUGGGCUCGGCUCGCAGCACGUUGGUCGCACUCAGCGAUGACUUGGCUCAGCUUUAUCAUCUGGUCUGCACGGUGAACGGAGAGACGCCGUCACGUGUGCUGCUGGAUCACAAGACCGACGACAUGAGCUUCGAGAACGAUUCCUUGACUGCCAUUCAGUCGCAAUUCAAAUCGGAUGUCUUCACCGCACGCCCGCAAAUCGUUGAGGAUCUGCAGGGCCUGGCCGAUUCCGUGGAGAUUAAGAAGUAUGUGGACACAGUGAGCGAUCAGAUCAAGCAUUUGAAGACCGCUGUGGAGCACACCAUCGAUCUGAACAAGCACAAAGUGCGCGCUGAGGGCGGAGAAUCUUCCGAUAAGGGCAACACCGAGGAGGUGGAGGAGCUGCAGGAGCAAAUUGUGAAGCUGAAGAGCUUGUUGUCUGUGAAGCGCGAGCAAAUCAUUACACUGCGCAAUGUGCUCAAGUCCAAUAAGCAAACCGCCGAGGUGGCGCUCACAAAUCUCAAAUCCAAAUAUGAGAACGAGAAAAUCAUUGUCAGCGACACGAUGUCCAAGCUGCGCAAUGAGCUGCGACUGCUCAAGGAAGAUGCAGCCACUUUCUCCAGUCUGCGCGCCAUGUUCGCUGCACGCUGCGAGGAGUAUGUAACUCAGGUGGAUGAUCUGAAUCGUCAGCUGGAGGCUGCAGAGGAGGAGAAGAAGACGCUCAAUCAGCUGCUGCGCUUGGCUGUGCAACAAAAGUUGGCGCUCACACAGCGCUUGGAGGAAAUGGAAAUGGAUCGCGAAAUGCGUCAUGUGCGUCGUCCAAUGCCUCCGCAGCGCGGCACCAGCGGCAAAUCCUCAUUCAGCACACGUCCAUCCAGCAGAAAUCCGGCGAGCAGCAAUGCGAAUCCAUUCUAACAUAAGAUCAGCGUGCAGCGUAAGCUUUUGGCCUUGGUUUAUACUUUGCUUAAGUUGUAAAUUCGUUGGGAGUAGCUGAAGAAUCACUCACAGACGAGCCCGGACCCAUACAACACACACGUGGAAUACUUUGAAUGUAUUUGUGAAGGAUGCUAUAGCUAUUUGUUCUACUUCCUAUAUUUAAUGAUAUAUAACUGUAUUCUAUUUGUAUCUGUUUC